AUCGUACUCUGGAUGUAAGAAAAAAAGAAAAUCCCAAAAAAUAUUUCUUUCGCCUUAUGUCUUCUGUCUCCAUCUGACAGCUCCUCCAGUUUUCGAUCCUACAGAUUCGAAGGAAUUUUACUAUUCUGCAGACAAAAAGAGGUGUCUGUGUCUCUGUGUAUAAGCGACAAGCGAUGUCUGAAGAGACCAAGUACGUGGAGCUUUGUAAGGGUAUAAAUGGCCUUGACAAGAUCAUCUUGCGUGAGGUUCGAGGCUGCUCUGCGGAGGUAUACUUGUUUGGAGGUCAUGUCACAUCCUGGAAGAAUGAACAUGGGGAAGAAUUGCUUUUUGUUAGUAGCAAGGCUAUAUUUAAGCCUCCAAAGGCUAUCCGUGGAGGUAUUCCAAUCUGCUUUCCUCAAUUCAGCAAUCUUGGUUCUCUUGAACCACAUGGAUUUGCAAGGACCAGGUUUUGGUCUAUUGAUAAUGACCCCCCACCUUUCCCAACAAAUAGCUCCAACAAGGCCUUCAUUGACUUAAUACUCAAACACUCUGAAGAAGAUGUGAAGAUCUGGCCUCACAGAUACGAAUUUCGCCUACGGAUAACUCUGGGUCCUGGAGGAGAUUUGAUGAUGACCUCUCGCAUUCGAAAUACAAAUACUGAUGGGAAAUCUUUCACGUUUACAUUUGCGUACCACACAUAUUUUCAUGUUACGGAUAUCAGUGAAGUGAGGGUAGAAGGACUUGAAACACUAGAUUAUUUGGAUAAUCUGAAGAACAGAGAACGAUUCACUGAACAAGGAGAUGCAAUAGUCUUUGAAUCAGAAGUGGACAAAGUAUAUCUCAGAACACCUACCAAAAUUGCUGUUCUGGACCAUGAAAGGAAGAGAACAUUUGAAUUGCGGAAAGAUGGACUUCCUGAUGCUGUGGUUUGGAAUCCCUGGGAUAAGAAAGCAAAGACCAUACCUGAUCUUGGUGAUGACGAGUACAAGCAUAUGCUGUGUGUAGAGGCUGCUUGUGUGGAAAAGCCCAUUACUUUGAAACCUGGUGAAGAGUGGAGAGGAAGGCAGGAGCUCUCUGCUGUUCCUUCUAGUUACUGCAGCGGACAGCUUAAUCCAGAAAGUGCGAUCUUAAGUGAGGAUAUAGGGCCUGCAUGAUGCACCUCUUUCACAGUUGCUCUUUUGGCAUUGUGCAUUUAGCACUUCUGGUGGAUUCUUGCCAGUAUUUUUGGAGGCAGGGUUCAAAAGGCUAAGGAAACGAAGUCAAUUGUGAAGAUAUCUAAUUUGUAUUUUGCCAACUUCGUUGACUUCUACUUAAAAGUAAAAAGAAUGCACGGAAGAAGAGAAGGAAAGCAUCUAGGUUUCAUCCUCUUCUUUUUACCCUUUUUUCCUGUCUUGUUUUUUAAAUGACUGCAAUUGUUUUAGUUGAACAAUAAUAUCCUUUGAUUUAUUGAAGUUCUGUAUUUUAUAAUGAAAUCUGAACUCGUGGCAAUGCAAGUAGCAGAAUUCUAGUUUCA